AUGUCUUUUACUCCUCCCAUGCCCAACAUGGACAUCUCUCACAACCCCUGGGAGGACUACGUGUCCCCCCCUCCCGGGCCCUACCCCACCUCCCCGGUCUCUCCUCAUGAGACCUUUUACUCCACCUCUGCCUCGCCUUCUUUUGAUACCCAAGCUUCUUACCACCGCCCUCUCCCUCGUGCUCAGCUGGACCGCUCUCCUUCUGAGAUCAAGAUGUUGGUUGAGAUGACUGGCCAGUUAGCCGGUACCUUCAUCGCUCGACCUCCUCCCAUCCCACCCCGUCCCACCUCGGUCUACUCGGGUCCCACGCCCCUCGCUUCUCCCUUCCUCCACCCCAACCCGCCUCCGGGCCUACCUCACCCUCCUGUCGGUCAUCCCCUCUCCCGUCCCGUCUACGACGACUACCUCGGACCCCUCCCCGCCGCCCCGCAGGUCUACCGGUCGGUCACCCCGCACCCGCGCUACCACGCCAUUCAGACGCCCGCCCCCUUUGACGGCACCAACCAGAAACUCGCCGAGGCGUUUGUCCAGGUCUUCGCUUACGACCUGAUGGUCAAUGCGCGGGAGUAUGCCCAGUUCCCGGGAGAGGAGUGUACGCUGGUGUAUCGGGCGGGGCAGUGCCUGACGGGGGAUGCGCAGUCGUGGUUCAAGCGGUGGUCUGGUGACUUGCAGAGGCGGGACUUGCGUUUCAAGGAGUUUGAGAGGGUCUUUAUGAAGGCAUGGGGGGAGGUCAACACGGCGGCGCAGGCAAACGAGGCGUUGCUCAAGUGCAAGCUUUGUUGUUUUACUAUCGCCGCGCAGUCAUCCCUCAUCCUCGUCGCCUCUUCCUGUGACAGGCAGGAAGUACCGAGACGGGGCGGAUGA